CACGCACGCACAAAUAGGGUGCUGACAGGAGAGAGAGAGAGAGGAGGCCAGCCACAGACAGCCCCUUCCGUCCCUUCUCCUCGUUUGCAGUAUAGGAGACGCAAGAUGGCAGCAGCCUCGCGCGGGAGUGUGGACGACGAAGAAGCCACGCCGCUCCUUGGGUCUCGCACAUCGACGGAGACGGCGGCGGCAGCGACCACGACGACUGCAGAGGACCUGGACGCACGCUUCAAGCGAUGGCUCGACUACGUCGCCCGUCUGGCCAAACGGGGCAAGGGUGACCGGGUCGAGUCGACAGCGAGCUUGCUCGUAAGCGUAUUUGAAAAGGAACCCGAAGAUGCGCAGUGGUCCGUCGCGCCUCCCCUCGUCGGCACCGGCAAGGUCGACUGGGACGGCUUCAUCUCCCAGGCUGCUUUCCAAGAGCAGCUCUUCCAGGUCAAAAGGGCCAUCACGAGGGGUGUGCAUCCCAAGAUGAUCCAGACGGGCAGCUCAGGGUCCUACUUUGCCCGCGUCCUGGUCGAUGAGGAGGACGAAGGUGACGGCGCGCAUCUCACAACACAGGAACCUGGCUCAGAGCUUACGGAUGGGAAUCAGAAAGGGCAAGGAAGGAUCAACGGCGCACAGACAAGAGCCACUGGCGACCACAAGCACCACCGCACACGAACUGUGGCCGUUUUCAAGCCAAACGACGAGGAGCCGUACGGGAACCUGAAUCCCAAGCGGGUGCUGUUGCGACGCUACCUGUGGUGGGCAAUGGGUCGGCCCUGCCUCAUUCCCUCGUUUUCCUACCUCUCUGAGGUUGGCGCCUCGCUGCUCGACGAUCGCCUCUCCCUCGGCAUCGUGCCCAGCACCCGUCUCGUCGCGCUGUCCAGCGAGGCCUUUUCCUACCCGCGCGCAGACCGCGAGCGACGGCUGUUUCGCGAAAAGAUGGGCUCCUACCAGCACUUUCUCUCUGGCUACGUCAACGCCAGCACCUUUCUCCGUGCCCAUCCGUGGCCCAGUCGGCCCAGGAGCCUGCUCGAACAGGACCUCGAGGCCGAAAACACGGCACAUGGGCGAGCGAGGACGAGAAAGGGAAGGGCAAAGCGGCGGAGACAGGCCAUCAAGAGGAAGAAGGAGCGGCGAGGCUGCCUCGGCCCGCUCUUCAGCUGCUAUUUCCCGAGUCGUGACGGCGUUGACGAUGGUCAAGAACUCGGAAGGGACAGGCUUGGCGACGGAAACGGGGAAGAAGAGGAAGAGGAAGAAGACGACGAUGAUGAUGAAGAGGAGGAAGAGCAGGGCUUCGUCUGGACUAGAGAGCUGAUGCAGGACUUCCGGCUUGAGCUCGAGAAGCUCGUCUGCUUCGACUACCUCCUCCGCAAUACCGACCGUGGCCUAGACAACUUCAUGGUCAAGAUCACCAAACCUGCCGAAGGAGGCCAGGCCAGCAGUCGCUUGAGGCUGGCUGCCAUCGACAACAGCCUCGCCUUUCCCUGGAAGCACCCCGCGGGCAUUCGGUCCUACCCAUGGGGCUGGCUCUACCUGCCGACCGACCUCAUCGGCGGCUCGUUCAGCGACGAGACCCGCUCGGCCUUUAUAUCUCGCCUCUCUGACGCCGCCUGGUGGCAUACGACGACGGAGCAGCUGCACGAUCUCUUUCAGCAGGACCCACACUUUGACGAGGCCAAGUUCAAGGGCCAGAUGGACGUCCUCCGCGGCCAGGGCUACAACCUGCUGCAGAGCCUGCGCAACGACGACGAGGGCCCGCUGGAGCUGUGCGCUCGGACAAAGCAGCUGGUCAGGCAGGAUCACAAGGAGCUCAAGCGCGUCCAGGCAGAGGCGCUCCAAGGUGCCCACCUCCGGCUCCACCCCAAGCCCAUCGUCGUCCUCAAGCAGACCGGGGACAUGGCUCCUCCUCCGCCUAUUUCUCGCACGACUUCAGCCGAGAAGAAGAAGCCUGUCCAGAUCGCCUCCCCUGCAAAGAAGAAGGCGACGACGACGACAACGAGCGCCGCCCUCGACGACCUCCAGCCGCGAUCGCUCCCGGAGACGACGUCUGCCAUGCCCGGCCCACAGCGGAGGCCGUCGGCCAUCGACAAUGUCUCGUCGCCCACGCGGCGAUACAGGAGUGAGACGGGAGAAGCCGGCGACGGGUCGGGCGACGCUGGCGAGGGUGACGGAGGAGAAGAAGAAGAAGUAGGGGGAGGCGACGAGGAGGAAGAGCGCCGCAUCGGCUCGGCGUACCGAGAAGCAGGCUCAGGCCUCGGCAUUGACGUGCUGGCUGAAUUUGACAAGCGGAGCAGCCACUCGCGUGCGUCUCGGCGGAGCCGGAGCAAGUCAAAGGCCCCCGUCAGGCCCCGGCUGAAGACGGCCCUCACGGCUGCGCCAUUCUUCAAGGGCGACGAGAGCCAGCACCAGCAGCUGCCUGCAGUGGCACGGCGGACGUAUGGCUCGAGCGGCGAAGCGGCCAUGCGGAGCGGCGGACUCAUGUAUGACCCCACCACGUCCUCUUCCUCCUCCUCGUCGAGGGCGCACAACUUCCAGAGCAUCCAAGCCGUCGUCGAGCGGGCCAACCGGCCGGGACCAUCUGCUACCGAGGACGACGACGAAGCAGGAGCAGCAGCAGACGGCGACGCAGAGAGCAGGAUGAAUAUGUCUAUCGCGAGCCUGCCCGGUGAUAGCGCGACGAGGGAUUCAGCCUCCGGCGACGGUGCCUUUGGAGCAGCGAGGACGAGGACGCGGGGCUCGAGCGUGGGUGCCUGGGCUGAUGACUCGUCGGACACGACAUGGGACGAAGGAGCAGGAGGGCCCGCGAGAGGAGCAAGGGCGCCCCAGGAGAAGCUCAAGCUUGUCGUCGUGGAACGACUCGAGGCAGACGAGGGCGUCGCUUGGCAGACCUACCUGGGACUUCAGUAGAUCCGGCCUGCGCCUGUCCAUUGCUGCUGAACUGUGUUCACUGUUUGCAGAUACCCCCUUACACGCUCUAUGCUUCUCUUCAUUCCUACCAAUACUAGCUUGCUCCGAGUACUUUAAGCCGAAGAUCGUGGCGUGCCCGAAGAUGCGUACUGCACCCCUUUGCCUUCCUUGUCCUCAACCUGCGUGCCUAGCUGUCUUCAAAGUAGCCUGAAAACUUUCGAUACGGGCGAUCUUUCAUGCUCCUCUUGAAGGUCAUCUGUUUUGCCGGUCAUCUCUUCCGCC